CUCCUCGCACUGUUUUCUCAGAUUUAUUCACGUGCAGCUCGCUCCCGCCUCACUCAGACAUUCUGUCGCCAGCGCCGUGACGUCACACGCCAGAAGCCUCCUCCGCUCUGAACGUUUCCCUCCGCCUUGUCUUCAAGAUAAUCUAGUCCCUCCUCACCGCGGCGGCCCUGAACUUGAUUUAUGAAACCCACAAAACGAUGAAAUACAGUCUGUUUGACUCUAUGAUUUCAACUAAUUAAGAUAUGCUUGGACAAUUAAUAGUCCACUGUAAUGUUCCUAUAAUAUUCAAUCAAAUAGUGUAUGCUUGGAAGUAUUUUCUUAGAUGCCACAUUGUUGGCCGACUUGUCAUUUAUUUAAACUUUAUGUAAAAAGAAGUGAGCAUUUUAUAUUUUUUCACUGUAAAGUUGUUGUUUUUUUAAACUUGGAAUUCACCUCUUCAGCUCUGUCUUGAUCACUAAAAAUAUGAUCACAUCAAAAGUUAUUUUGAAUCCUCACAAUUAUUUCUGAUGCACAUAUUAUAUGUAUGGAGUAAUUUAGCUCACAUACGUAAAUGACACUUCAUGUCCUCUGCUUCUGCACCCCUGCCUGAAGGCUAUUCUCAUGCAUUAUCAAUUAUCAUGCAAUAUUAAUGAGAUGGUCUUGAACAACAGUUGGAAGUUUCCCUCUUGACAUUGCACAAGUAUCCCUCUUCCUACCCACCAGUGUAAAGCCUGCACCAAGACUGUGCUGGUUGUGUGUGCACUAAUGUCUCGAGGUGGGAAACUGAGAUGAGGGCAUGUGUUAGUCUGCUCCUGUGCUCUUAGACACUUUUAAUCUCCUGACCACAUAAUGCUUAUCAUAAAGCAAAAGAGGAACUGAUGUGCAGCUCAGGGGUUCACUAUAGAUAAAACAAGAGUUAAAACUCCUGCAAGAGAAUACAUGCAGGAAAGUGCAAAACACUCAACGAUCCUAUAUUUUGCAGGGAUGAUCUAGGAGCCUCUGAAGAGAAGAGUCCUCCCAUUUGCUGCUUUCUUUCUCUCUGAAUUGCAUCAGACACCAAACGUUUCACCACCUUUGCGACAACGAACUCAGAAAUGUGGAAAAAAAGAAACUCUCCAGGAGCGAGACGCUCUUCGUAUGUAGCGAGAACCCCCCCCCCCCCCCCCCCCAUUGUUUCAGGGUUACAUAAUACAUUUCCACAAAGUGAAUGAAGACGUUAGAUGUGUGAAAAGUAGGUCUUGUUAUUGUCGGGGAUGCAUGCUUCCGCGGCGUGAUACUGGCGUUCAGCGGAGGGUGAGAGGGCUCCGCGACUGACUGACGCCAGGCGGAGCAGACCCAAGACGGCCUGAGAGAGCACACAGGAGGAGACACAGGGGGAGAGAGAGAGAGACAGCAAGGGAAGAAAAGCAAGUGCCUGCCAAGAGGACCUGACCUUACGUCGCUGAAGCUGAGGAUGAUCUGAAACUCCAAAACACACUCCUUUCAUCCUAUCUUUUGUCAGACGAGACUGUCCACUAUCGCUGCUCCCACUUCUUUUGGACAGAAAGGAGAGGGGAGGAGGGCGGCUCGUCCGACAUGAACGUCACCUCGCUCUUCUCCUUCACCAGCCCGGCGGUCAAACGGCUGCUGGGCUGGAAGCAGGGAGACGAGGAAGAGAAAUGGGCGGAAAAGGCCGUGGAUGCUCUGGUUAAGAAACUGAAAAAGAAGAAGGGAGCUAUGGAGGAGCUGGAGAGGGCUCUCAGCUGCCCGGGUCAGGUCAGUAACUGUGUGACAAUCCCCCGCUCACUGGAUGGACGGCUGCAGGUGUCCCAUAGGAAAGGUCUGCCGCAUGUCAUUUAUUGCCGGGUGUGGCGCUGGCCCGACCUGCAGUCCCACCACGAGCUGAAGGCCCUGGAGUGCUGUGAGUUCCCGUUUGGCUCCAAACAGAAGGACGUGUGUAUCAACCCCUACCACUACAAACGAGUGGACAGUCCAGUGCUGCCCCCAGUGUUGGUACCGCGGAACAGCGAGUUCAACGCCAAGCAUUCAAUGCUGCCUCGCUUUCGCAACCCUCUACAACAGAAUGAGCCGCACAUGCCGCAGAAUGCGACCUUCCCAGAAUCCUUCACUCAGGCCAACACAAUGCCCUCCACUUUCCCCAAUUCACCGGUAAACAGCUACCCAAACUCGCCGGGAAGUGGCAGCAGCAGCGCCACCUUCCCUCAGUCACCAUCCAGCUCCGACCCCGACAGUCCAUUCCAAAUGCCAGAGACACCCCCUCCUGCCUACAUGCCCCCAGAGGAGCAGAUAACUCAGGAUUGUCCCCAGCCAAUGGACACCAACCUCCUGGUUCCAACCUUGCCUAUAGAGAGCAACAACCGACCAGAUGUGCAGCCCGUGGCCUAUGAGGAACCCAAGCACUGGUGCUCAAUUGUUUACUACGAGCUCAACAAUCGGGUCGGAGAGGCGUUCCAGGCAUCCUCCACCAGCGUGCUCGUCGACGGCUUCACAGAUCCCUCCAACAACCGCAACCGAUUUUGCCUCGGCCUGCUCUCCAACGUCAACCGCAACUCCACCAUUGAGAACACCCGGCGGCACAUCGGCAAAGGUGUCCAUCUGUAUUAUGUAGGCGGGGAGGUGUAUGCAGAAUGUCUGAGUGAUAGCAGUAUCUUCGUCCAGAGUCGUAACUGUAACUACCACCACGGCUUCCAUCCCACGACUGUGUGUAAGAUUCCCAGUGGCUGCAGCCUGAAGAUUUUCAACAACCAGGAGUUUGCAGAGCUGCUGGCCCAGUCCGUCAACCACGGCUUCGAGGCCGUUUAUGAGCUCACCAAGAUGUGCACCAUCCGCAUGAGUUUCGUUAAGGGUUGGGGAGCAGAGUACCACCGCCAGGAUGUGACCAGCACACCCUGCUGGAUUGAGAUCCACCUGCAUGGUCCCUUGCAGUGGUUGGAUAAGGUGCUAACCCAGAUGGGCUCCCCCCACAACCCUAUAUCCUCCGUCUCCUAGGCUUCACUGUCCUCAGCCCAGCAUGUUGGUCUAAGUAGCAAGAAUAGGGUCACAGAUUGGCUAGUGGUUCAGCCAGCCUGCCUUUUCCAAUAACUGGUAGACAUUUUGACAAAAACACAAGCUGAUCUGGGACAAGUAGGGCUGUGCGGGUUGUUACAUAGGUUUGUUCUCUACUUGAAGGAUGUCUGAAUUGGGCACAUUUACAGUCUGGGAGAGGAGGAAGCAAAGUGAGCGUGAUGCAACUGGAAGAUACUUGAUCUUUGUGACCAACUGUAAUAAUUAGACCAUCAUAGUCAUCAUAACGCUCUGAAAUCCAGAUAUACUUGUGUAGUUACAAUAAUUAUGGGACAUUUCACCGAAAUUGCAGUCGGCUGCUGUCUAUUGCCUGACUGCAGUGAGGUUGGCAUGAAAUGUACUUACAACGUGUAAAAAGUUAGCAAGUGACCAGUAUGACUGAAAAAUUCAUCAUCUCCAAUACUUAAACAAGAAUGCCAUUUCUUCAAAGUGUUCUUUCUUUGGCUAAAAUGUUAAACCAGUAUAAAGUUGUGAUAUAAAUAAAAUCCCAUUUCAGAAAUCAUGACAAAUAAUCAGAGUGCGAAAUUAGAGGGAGUUUGAGAGUGGGGCUUAGUGUGAGGCAUGGCACUUAAAGGGCAUUUCAGACUAUUCCGGAAAAAUGUAUCUAAUGUUUAAAUGUUGCUCAUCUUGUGUUACACUCGUGUUUCAAAUGAAUUUUAAGAAAAAAAGAAUAGUGUUUAGAUAUAUUCACUAUUAGAAUAUGUGCUGUGCAGUGUGGUUUUGCAAAGCAUAGUUUGGUUAGUGUAGUGAGACACAUUGGUAGCUGAACACCACAGGAAGCAAAUACAAGAUCAAAUGUGUCAAAUACAGAAUCACAUUGAGGACAUAAAUAUUUCAGUGACUUCUCAUUCUCUUUUUACAUCGACUGAGCAAAUCAUGUUAGAUGACUGUUAUGGGAAAAUGUUGAGCAUUCAAAUUGUUAUUGUUGACUGAGAAAAGGGUAUCAGUUACUUGACGUCCUAAUAUGAUUUUUCCUUUGUAUUAUUAAAAUGCAGAUUUUGCCAUUCAGUUAUUUUAUGCUUUGAGCAAUGCUUUUUGCUGUUAAACUGUAUUACUCUUUACAUUCUUUUUGUAUUUUUUUGAACAUGUUUUCUGUUGUCUGUCUGCACUUUCACACAUUGACUCUUUGUUUUGUUUUAGUUUUUCUCCUUCUUUGUGUUUUUGCUCAGUAAAACUCCCAGAAAAGCAGUUUUAUUCCAUGAAUAUCAAGCCUCUACUGGAAGAUUCAAUAAAUUUGUUUCAAUACUU